AAAUAUAGGUUUUAUAUUACAAAUUUGGGCCCCAAUACAGAGAGUAACCCAGAGAGUUACACCAGUAAUCAUGCUCUAAUGGAGAGAUAGAGAACAAUACUGAGAGAAAAAAACCAACCAAUCGAGGAACUCAUAGAGAUCACGAAACCCUAGUAGUGGCGAACGAGAGCUAGAUAUAUAGAUAGAGAGAGAUCGGUUGAUCGAACACGUACGUACGUACGAACGGCGGAGAUGAUGUUAUCAUCAUGUGGUGGGAAGAAACCAGUACUGUCCAAGAAAACGACGCCGUGUUGCACGAAGAUGGGGAUGAAGAGGGGACCAUGGACGGUGGAGGAGGAUGAGAUUCUUGUGAGCUUCAUCAAGAAAGAAGGUGAAGGACGCUGGCGAUCGCUUCCCAAGAAAGCUGGUUUACUUCGAUGUGGAAAGAGCUGCCGUCUACGGUGGAUGAACUAUCUCCGACCGUCUGUUAAACGCGGCGGUAUUACCUCCGACGAGGAAGAUCUCAUCCUCCGUCUUCAUCGCCUCCUCGGCAACCGGUGGUCAUUGAUCGCGGGAAGGAUACCGGGAAGGACUGAUAAUGAAAUCAAGAACUAUUGGAACACUCAUCUUCGUAAGAAACUUUUAAGGCAGGGCAUUGAUCCUCAAACCCACAAGCCUCUUGAUGUAAACAAUAUCCAUAAACCAGAAGAAGAAGAAGUUUCCGCUGGACUAAACCCCCUAGAGCCUAAUUCUAGUUCUCAUACGAAUACCACCGUCAAUAGCGGAAUCGGAACUAGCAACAAGAACAGUAUUAAUGUCUUUGGUGGUGAGGGAAACUACGAAGACUUUGGUUUCUGCUACGACGACAAGUUCUCAUCGUUUCUUAAUUCGCUUAUCAACGAUGAUGAUGAUCCUUUUGGUAACAUGAUCCCAAUAUCUCAACCGUUGCAGAUGGAUGAUUGUACGGAGGAGAUUGUUGGAGCGUCGUCGAGCUUAGGAAAUGACCAGAUCGACAAGAAGAUAUAUAGUUGAUCGACGACCCUUGAUGUCUUUUAUAUCUACCAUGCUUCGAGAAGUGGUUAUAUAUGCGAUCUAAAAGGUUGGUGGGUAUGUGUGCUACGUUGUUUUGCGGUGCGUUGUGUGAUUAUAAAACCACAUUUGUGAGUGUAAUUGAUUACACAAACCUCUUUCUCUAUAUAUAUUCUGUCAUCUGUCGAUUUAAGAUCAUGUAUCUAUCAUGGAUAAUGCGAAUAAACAAGUUAGAU